AUGGAGAACAGUGGGAGACAAGCUUCUACUCAAGUAAAUGAUGUGGACCAAGAAGUUCUACAGAGUUCUCUACGGCGACCAGGGCAGAGGAGAAGACAGAGGCCUGGCGUUUCUGUUUCUUUUAGGGAACCAGAGCGUUUGCCGAUCCGCCGCUAUCAGCUGAUCGUCCUUUCCAUGUGCUGCUACAUAAACUUCACUUCCAACAUGUCAUUCACAAUCCUCGCCUCCUUUUUCGACGAAAACGCAACAAAACAUGGCCUGUCGAAAACGCAAAUUGGCUUUAUCGUCGCGAUUUAUGCAGGCAUUGCUACAGUGGGCUGCCCUAUCUUUGGAAUUUACCUGGCAAAGCUUGGGAAGAAAUUCACGCUUAUCGCCGGCCUCAUGUGUGCCAGCGUCUGUGCCGGCCUCUUUGCCUUUUAG